AAUAAGGACCAUGACGUAGCUUAUUGUUUGUGCACUGCCACAACGGGCGCAGUUCGUGAGUGGCGGCAAUCCCGGGGACACCUUUUUCCUUCCUUGCAGCUCAGCAGCACCUCCGCCUCAUCCGUCUCUGCUUCCUUCUCUCGCGCAUUCUCUGAAUCUUGCUAUAAAGACAUCUGCUGCUGUCUGUCGCUGCUUCUACUUGUCAAACACCGUUUCCUUACAUCUCUUAUAAUGGCGUCGGCCACUACUCCUUACGACCCCUACGUCCCAUACGACUCCGCCGCGGCCUCGAGCACCGGCGGGCCGAGCAAGACGCAGGCUAUCCAGGCACAAAUCGAUGACACCGUGGGGAUCAUGCGCGACAACAUCAACAAGGUCGCGCAGCGCGGCGAGCGCAUCACCGACUUGCGCGACAAGACCGACAAUCUUGUGGUUUCGGCCCAGGGAUUUCGAAGGGGGGCUAAUCGAACACGGAAGGCGAUGUGGUGGAAAGAUAUGAAGAUGAGAAUCUGCUUGAUUGGUGGCAUCAUCGCACUCAUUCUUGUCAUCAUCCUGCCAAUCAUCAUCCACUUCACAUGAUCCCCUGUCUCCACCGAAUCAUGCGCCUAUCUUCCGUCUUCUUCCAGCAGUCUCCGUCUCAGUCUCAUUCUCAGUCUCAGUCAUCUCCAUGUCAAUUCACACUUGCGCACAGUAAAGACAAGUAAAGACAGCAUGAUCGCGUGCUGUGUUCGACUCCCCGACCCUGUCUUUGCUUUUCUAUCCUUACCCCUUCUCUGGCCGCGGUACUAAUAGAGUACUAUGUACAAUUAUUCGUAACCCACUAUUGUACCAUCAUAUCUACUCUUCCCUUUUCUUUUUAUUUAUGUCUGCUUAUCGCUGAUACUAAAACUACUAGUCAUGUAACGGUGUUUAUUUUUGUGUGCCCGCUU